GCAACUGGUCGCCGGGGACCCGAUCCCUCCCGCGUGCCCGAGUGAUGGAGGGGAAGACAUUCGCUUAGACACACACACGCGCGCACACAGCUGGGCACGUCUCCCGGAGGCAGCCGCCGGGGGCCGGGCGGCGGCCUGACAGCAGCAGCCGCGGGGAGCCGGACGCCCACACAGCUUGGCCCCGGCCGUUCCAAGACCCAGGAAGGGAAGAUCCCAGCCGCACUGACUGUUGCUCUUUUAGGCAGAUCGGGAGGAAGCAGGCUGCCCGAGGACCUGUCACCGCGGACGCAGGAGGCUCUCCGCUCGGCGCUCAGAGUCCAGGGCCGCGCCGGUGCCGGCGUGGGGAGAGGAGGAUGCUCACCUCCGCCCGCAGAGCGUCUGCGGGCCGUGACACUGCGCGGACUCAGGCUCCCGCGGCAGCCCCUGUUGUGCCCGCGCCGCGGGAGCGCGCCCUGUCGUACCUGCCUCCAGCCUCUCGGGCAAGUGCAGGAAACGCGCCCUAAACUCCACUACUUCUCGCCCGCCUCCUCCCCUUCUCGGCUCCCCGCCCCGGACCUCGCAGCCGCCGGCGUGUAGGACCCGCCCGCCUCUUACUCUCACGCGCGCACGCACUGCCCCGCUCGCUCGCUCCCAUUCAAGCAGACUGACUCUCCGUGCAGCCAAAGCCCGGGGCAUCCGAAACUACUGGACCAACUGCCACCGGGACUGCAGGAGGCACCCGUGGCCCGGCGCGACUCGUCGCUGGUCCCCGCACCCUGGACUCUCGCCCGCGCCGCCGCCGCCGGAGACCUCGAGAGAAGAGUUAUCAGCCAGCCUUGCCUUGGACAGUGAGUGGAGGAGGAGAGCCCCUUUGACAGUGGACAGAAAGAGUUGCACCUGGAAAGAGACGUGAUGAUACAAAGUAUAAAAUUUGUAUUUGCAGAACAUGUUUGAAAAGGAAUUUAGCUGUACAGAUUACAUCUAACAUCCUGGUUGUUUUGGAGGAUGGCUACAAGAGACACAGAGGUAAUCAGGAACCCAGAGGCUUCAGCGUUGUCUUUCCUUCUCAAUGGCAUUUCUGGUAUCCACUUCAGGAGUCUCCUUGGCCAGCCUUGAUACACUCGGAAAUUAAACAGAGGAUCCACUGCACAUAUUCUUCUUGAAAAUUUUCAUCGUAAAUGUUCAGAACUUACCAAAUAAGCAUAAGGAUUUGAAGGUACUAACAGAGGGAGGGACAGGCCAAAAGCACAGCAGUAGGUGUGGAGAGGCCAUGGAAUAUCCACCAACCAGAUAAUCAUCGCUGGAGUAACUGGAAGCAUCUGAAUGUAGGCUACAGGAGUCCUGAAGGUUGAUGGAGGGCCAUGCUAUUCAAACAGCAGGCGUGGCUGAGACAGAAGCUCCUGGUGCUGGGAAGCCUUGCUGUUGGAAGUCUCCUGUAUCUAGUCGCCAGAGUUGGGAGCUUGGAUAGGCUACAACCCAUCUGCCCCAUCGAAGGCCGAUUCGGAGCCCGUGGUCAGGCUGAAUUCCCCCUGCGUGCCCUGCAGUUUAAGCGUGGCCUGCUGCACGAGUUCCGAAAGGGCAACUCUUCCAAGGAGCAGGUACACCUUCAUGACCUGGUCCAGCAACUUCCCAAGGCCAUUAUCAUCGGAGUGAGGAAAGGAGGCACCAGGGCCCUGCUUGAGAUGCUGAACCUCCAUCCAGCAGUGGUCAAAGCCUCUCAAGAAAUCCACUUUUUUGACAAUGAUGAGAAUUAUGCCAAGGGCAUUGAGUGGUAUAGGAAAAAGAUGCCUUUUUCCUACCCUCAGCAAAUCACAAUUGAAAAGAGUCCAGCAUAUUUUAUCACAGAGGAGGUUCCAGAAAGGAUUUACAAAAUGAACUCAUCCAUCAAGUUGUUGAUCAUUGUCAGGGAGCCAACCACAAGAGCUAUUUCUGAUUACACUCAGGUGCUAGAGGGGAAGGAGAGGAAGAAUAAAACAUAUUACAAGUUUGAGAAGCUGGCCAUAGACCCUAAUACCUGCGAAGUGAACACGAAAUACAAGGCAGUAAGAACCAGCAUCUACACCAAACAUCUGGAAAGGUGGUUGAAGUACUUUCCAAUUGAGCAAUUCCACAUUGUUGAUGGAGAUCGCCUCAUCACCGAACCCCUACCAGAACUUCAACUCGUGGAGAAGUUCCUAAAUCUUCCCCCAAGGAUAAGUCAAUACAAUUUGUAUUUCAAUGCUACCAGAGGGUUUUACUGCUUGCGAUUUAACAUUAUCUUUAACAAGUGCCUGGCGGGCAGCAAGGGGCGCAUUCAUCCAGAGGUGGACCCCUCUGUCAUUACCAAAUUGCGCAAAUUCUUUCACCCUUUCAAUCAAAAAUUUUACCAGAUCACUGGGAGGACAUUGAACUGGCCCUAAAAUAAUAAGUCAUACAACACUGUGUGUUGUGCCUGGAGACAGACAAUGUCUCUUCUAGAUUAAAAUAUGCACUUUUCCUAGACACAACUGUCCACGUCAUUUUUCCAUGUAUACUUGUACAUACGCAGUGUGUGACCAAAUAUAAGAUCAGCUCUUUUUCUACUGAAAAUUUACAAAAAAAAAAAAAGAACACACCAAUUUGCGGUCUACAUAGCUGCAUCUUUUAUGCUAUUUAGAAAAAGAAGAGGUGGUGGUACUGGGAAAAAGUGACUUCAGCUAUUCUCAAAGAGUUAGUCUUCCUUCGAGUCAGGAUUUGUCGCCUGCCAUUUUCAUAGAUUUAAGCCAAAAGAUGAACGUGUGAAAAUGUACCAAUGGCUGUGAAGUUUCAGGAAGUAGAGGAUUCAGUUAUGCAUACUUUUCUAAGGGAAAGCUGACUCUUUAAUUCAGUUGCUGAAUUGAUGCCAUGAAAACAGAAAAUACUAUUUUCUUAUUAUUUAAAAGGAUGUCUUAUCUCAUAAAAUUGACAUCAUUCCAAAGUUCCUGUGGUGAUUUUGCACUAUCGUUUUCUCGUAUGGACCAUGGUGUCACUCGUAGCAUGUCAAUCACACGUCGGAAAGUUGAGUCCUUUUGCUUCCAUGUUCUAUGUCAACAAAGAGAAAUGUCAUGUACAUAAUGUAUAUAGUUGUAAAUACUGCUUUCACACUAAGUAACUCUAUUUUGUAAACUGAAUAUGGCUAUUUAAUUUAUUGUGAAAAUUAAAUUUAUUGUGGUAUUUAAAAAAUGGAAUGGAUUAAAAUUACUCUAUGUGCAAUUUUUUUUA